CUCUGUAGUUUCUGUAUUGUUCAUCUUUACUCUCCAGACAGGAACAUAUUGGAUUAUCAAAAGUUAAAAUGAUUUUAAGAAGCUUAACUGAGUCUCUAAAGAGAUAUAACAUAAAAUAUCAAGAGAAAAAGUAUAAUUUUGGCGGAUUUGGGUUCAAUGGCAAAAGAUGAAGCAAAUCACGGUUAGAAAACAUGUUUUCAAAAUAUUUCAAAAUGAUUGCGCUAGUGUGAGUGCGCGACAAUUCCUGUUAGUCAACAUAACAUUUGGCAUUGUCGAAAUCACCGGAAAUAUGAGUUUGAUCGCUUAUAUUAGUUUAGACACGUAGACAUGUAUUCACAAAAGUUCGUACUUAAAGCUUAACAUGUCUUAAACCUAGUAGGUUUAGAUGUUUCUUUCAAAAAAGAACAACCGAAUACUAAAAAACAAGGUGAGUUUGAAAGUGGCUGGAAGUUUUCAUUUUCCGAAAUCGUCGAAACUGACGAUUGCCGAAAAUUUUUGAUUACCGUGCAACACUGCUGUCCUAUUUUGUUUUUGGUUUUUUAUAAACAAAAAACAUUUAAAAAAUUUAAGCGUUAGGUAGGAAAAUUAAUUGAGUUGCAAAAAUAAUUAUCAAAACCAACGUGAACUUUAGAUUUGCACUUUGAAUGCCAAAUACAUUAAACUUCAAAACAAAAACUCUACGAUUCUUCUCCAAAUCGAAUCAUUCCCAUAUUUUCAUCAUUCAUAUUCAAAUUCGAUUCGAGGAUUAAAGAAAAAAGAAUGCAGCCAUCAGAGGAUGAAGAUUCAAUGCCUCGAAACAAUGAAGAAUUUAAAACGAAAAAAGAUCGAUACAAAGUGUUGGCACUUCUUGGAAAGGGUGGAUAUGGUGCCGUCUACUCGGUUCUGCGUCUAUCCGAUAUGGAGAAGUUUGCAAUCAAAUGUGAAAAUGCGGCGGCAUGUCGGAAGGCUCUCUACAUGGAUUGCAAUGUCUUGAAAGGAGCUGCCAAGAUCCAGAGUCGUCACUUCUGCACAGUCAUCGACCAGGCUGCAGUGAAAAAUCGAUUCAACUUCAUUGUAAUGAAACUGAUUGGAAAGAAUCUUUGGGAUCUGCGAAUGGACACUGCUGAAUGCCGAUUCACAAAAGGAACCUCUCUGAAAGCUGCUUCACAGUGCCUUAUCUCCAUUGAAGAGUUACACAGAUUCGGAUUUUUGCACCGAGACAUCAAGCCAGGCAACUUCGCAGUCGGUCGUAAAGAGUCUAAUGAGCAUCACACAAUCUUCAUGCUCGACUUCGGUCUCUGCCGUGAAUUUGUGAAACGAGGCGAAGGCAGGCUUCGGACUCAACGUGCAAAGUCUCAAUUCCGAGGAACAACUCGUUAUGCUCCAAUCAAUUCAAUGCUUGAAAUUGAUACCGGACGCAAAGAUGACAUUGAAUCAUGGCUUUACAUGGUCGCGGAAUGGACAUCUGGUGGAUUGCCAUGGAGAAAGUUCAAGGCCACAGAACGGGAAAAAGUUCUGAAGUACAAGAAAGACGUGAGAACGGACAAGGAAAUCAUGGCGGAUUUGUUUUAUAAUUGCCCGUUGAAGGAGUUUGAACGAAUUUUGAAGUACGUAGACGAACUUGACUUCUACUCGGAGCCCGAUUAUAAGUUCGUGUACUGCUGUCUUCAACACGCUGCCGCUGCCAGCAAGAUCAAGGAUACAGAUCCAUUGGAUUGGGAUCCAAAUGUUCCGUACAUGGGCCCGAUUGAAACAAUUGGUGAUGGAAAAGUGAUCGAGUUGGAUGUAGACCAAGGCAUGUCAACAGAAGUAUCGUUUAACAAGACUGGAAGAGAUAGAGAGACUGCCGAUGCGACAAAGAGAGUCGAGAUUAAGAAGAAGUAAAUGAAAAUGAAAUUGAACUAGAUCUAGUCUGUUUUCAAUUGAAUAAAUGAAGUGUUACAAAA